AUGGUAAAGUUUGCAGGUAAUAUAGUGAGUGAAGAUGGAAUUCAAGUAGACCCAGAAAAGAUUGAAGCAGUACAAGGUAUGGAAGUGCCACAAAAUGUGAGUGAAGUGCGAAGAUUUUUGGGAAUGGUUAAUCAAUUGGGAAAAUUCAUUCCAAAUUUGUCUGAAAAAACAAAACCUAUUAGAGAUCUAUUGAGUACAAAGAAUGAAUUUCAGUGGGGAGGUGCUCAACAAAAAGCUUUUGAAGAGAUGAAAACUGAAUUAAGUUCUGUACGAGUUUUAGCCUAUUAUGACCCAACGAAGCGAACUGUUUUGGCAGCCGACGCAUCGUCGUAUGGUAUAGGAGCAGUUCUUUGGCAAUUAAAUAAGAAAGGAGAAAAUAAACCAGUCGCUUAUGCGUCAAAAUCAAUGACAACUACCGAAGAACGAUGUGCUCAGAUUGAAAAGGAAGCAUUGGCAACAACUUGGGCUUGUGAGAAAUUUAAUGAUUAUAUUUUAGGAAUGGAUUUUGCGAUAGAAACAGAUCAUAAACCCUUGGUUCCUCUGCUUAGCUCGAAGAUAUUAGACCAACUUCCUCCAAGAAUACAGAGAUUCAAGAUGAGGCUGAUGAAAUAUUCGUUUACUAUUCGUCACAUACUAGGAAAAGAGUUGGUUGUAGCGGAUGUAUUGUCUCGAGCUCCUAUUAUGAAACAACCUACAAAAUCUGAUAACAAUUUAUCCCAAGAUUUGAACAUUUAUGUUGCACAGAUUGUUCAAAACAUACCAGCUAGUGAGAGAAGGCUAGAAGAAAUUCGCCGACACCAACAAGAAGAUCCGGUUUGUACGAAACUUGUGGAAUUUUGUUCGGAAGAUAUUCUAGAAAAGAUUCAUGCUGGCUAUCAAGGCAUCCGUAAGAGUCGUGAAAGAGCAAGAGAAUCUGUUUGGUGGCCUGGACUAAAUAGCUAUUUUGAAAUUGCUCCUUUGAAAAAAAGCACAACUGCAGAAGAUGUUAUCAAUCAUAUGAAAUCCAUAUUUUCUCGUCAUGGUAUACCAGAAACAGUUGUGUCGGAUAAUGGUCCACAGUAUGCUGCAGCUGUUUUUUCCAAAUUUGCUGAAGAAUGGGGAUUUACACAUUUAAGAAGUAGUUCUCGCUAUCCUCAAAGUAAUGGAGAAGCAGAAAGGGCUGUAAAAACUGCAAAAAAAUUAAUCAUAAAAUCCGAAGAUCCUUAUUCAGGUUUACUUGCAUACAGAUCAUCACCAUUCCAGAACGGGUACUCACCAGCAGAAUUAUUAAUGUGGAGGAAAUUACGUUCUAAUCUACCAGUAAUAUCCGAAAAGUUAACUCCAAAGCUUGCUGAUACGGCAAAAUUGAGAAGAGACGAAGAAAGUUACAAACGACGUCAAGCAGAAAACUUUAAUUGUCGUCACAGAGCUUCAGUCCUUCCAGACUUGAGUCCUGAUGAAAAGGUUUGGGUAAAAGAUAUAAAAUCACCAGCUGUGGUUGUGGGAAAAACCGAUGAACCAAGAUCAUAUAUAGUCAGGACAGAGCAGUCUGUUUUAAGAAGAAAUAGAAAACAUCUUAUCCCUGAUCCUGAAAAUCUGAGGGAAAACAGUGAGUUGAACGAAAGAAGAAAGAUGAGUUUCAGUGAUAAGAACGAAGUGAACGAAUCUUCAAGUAGUUUGGACAAUGAACAGGAAUCGAAGAAUUCACUUGAUAUAACUCGAGAUCAUGAUCGAAGCCAUGCCUGUCGAGAAUAUCAAACACAAUCUGUGUACUCUGCUACGAGAAGAGAACCUUUGGAUAUUGAUGGAGUGCGUCAAAGUUGUGAAACGAAAGCUGCUACUUUAAUUUCAAAAUUCUCUCCUCGGAGUCCCUUUUAA